GAAAUUACAGCAACGCAUUUCCUUUUUCCUCCAUUAAAUUAAAAACAAUCCUUUUCUUUUUUUUUUCUUUUUUCUUCUUUUAGGGGUUGAAUAUUCCGGCCGGCGAUGUCCGCUUCCGUCGACACUAAGUUACUUGUGACAGAUCUCGCUGCCACCGUACAACAAGUUCCGUCGAGGUACGUCCGCCCAAUCUCUGACCGUCCAAAUUUCUCAGAUGUCAGACCAUCCCACGCCUAUUCUUUCUCCGUCAUUGACCUUCACGCCCUCGACGGCCCCUCUCGCUCCGAUGUUGUUGACCAAAUUGGCCGUGCUUGUGAACGCGACGGUUUCUUUCUGGUGAAAAACCAUGGAGUGUCGGAGGAAAUGAUCAAUGGAAUGAUGAGUAUAACGAAGGAGUUUUUCCGGUUGCCAGAAACUGAGAGACUAAAGAGCUAUUCCGAUGACCCGACGAAGAAGACGAGGUUGUCCACUAGUUUCAAUGUGAAGACGGAGAAGGUGGCAAAUUGGAGAGAUUUCUUGAGACUUCAUUGUUACCCUCUUCAUCUUUAUGUCGAUGAAUGGCCCUCCAACCCUUCUUUCUUCAGAAAAGAAGUGGCUGAGUAUUGUACUAGUAUGAGACAAUUGACCUUAAAGCUACUAGAGGCCAUUUCUGAGAGCUUGGGGUUGCCAAAGGACUCAAUAGCCAACUCAAUUGGAAGUCAUGGCCAACAUAUGGCCUUGAACUACUAUCCUCCAUGUCCACAGCCAGAUCUCACUUAUGGCUUGCCAUGCCACACUGACCCCAACCUCAUCACUCUUCUCCUCCAAGACCAAGUCCCCGGCCUCCAAGUCCACCGCGACGGUGCUUGGGUCGCCCUCGACCCUAUCCCUAACACCUUCAUCAUCAACAUCGGCGACCAGAUGCAGGUGCUGAGUAAUGAUAGAUACAAGAGUGUGCUUCAUCGGGCUGUUGUGAACAAUGCAACAGAGCGAAUUUCCAUACCGACGUUUUACUGUCCGUCGCCAGAGGCAACGAUCAGGCCAGCAAAGGAGCUGAUCGACGGCGAACAUCGACCUGCUUUUAGACAAUUUACUUAUUCUGAAUACUACCAAACUUUUUGGAGUGGAGAACUUGAUACUCGAAGAUGUUUAGAUUUGUUUAGGGUUAAUGAAUGAUUUAUAUUUUCCUAUUUGAUCAUCAGAGUAAUUAGGUUAAUUUCAAAUUUUCAAAAUUGAUUCUCCCUUAGAGAGUUAAAUCUAUUAGGGUCAAAAAGUCUUUUGUUUGAAGUGCAAAGUAGUAAAAUAGAUCGAUUCUUCACUAAACGGGUGAACUUCAAUCGUAAACACCGUCGAAGUAUUGAAGUUUUGAGUUACUUAACAUCAAUUUAUGAAGUCUGUAAGCCAAUGCUUAGUAAUUUUGUAUGUUGAAACUACAUGUUUAAGAGUGAUUUUGAUACAAUUAAGAACACAAUUUUUUGUUA